AAUUGCGCCAAAGCCUUGCAGUCCAAAGACAUGUGGACUUUUGCCAUGCAUGCGUUGUGCAUCGUGUGUGCAUGUGCAUUGCACUUCAAUGAAGUUCAAGCGGUGCCUGAUUUUCCAGCUUUCCCCGCUGCCCAUCCAGAUCUUCUGCACAAUGUACCUCAUGUGCCAACAGCUCAUGCAGAAUGGGGUGUUAAAGCACCCAUUCCUCUCCGUGACUUAGAUCCACAGUUCAUCGUGAAUCGACAGGCCGAAAGCAAAGCCGUGGCAAUUCUGCGAUCGUUGGUCGCAGGCUUGUCAACCUCACUUGGAGCUGGCAUUGUUUUGUUACUCCGUGGCUCACCAAGUGCUGGUCAAAUGGCUUUUGCUUUGGCUUUGGCGGCCGGUGUGAUGCUCACUGUCUCCUUGGUGGAACUCUUUGUUCCGCCAUUCUUCCAUGGGCAGUGGCUACAGGCAAGCCUGUCCGGCCUCUUUGGGUUUCUUAGCUUCAUGGUCCUUAGGAGAUUUGUUUCAGAGCCAGAGAUGGCUUGUGGAAAGAAGGAUGAGGACGAUGUGGAGAAGGGGCAUGCUAGAGAUAACGUGGAACCGAAAGCAAGCCGGGUGAAGCAUUCGCAGCAAUGGCGGUUAGCAUUUCUGAUGAUGCUAGCGCUCACUGCCCACAACUUUCCUGAAGGACUGGCAGUUGGAGUUUCCUCGCUUCAAAGCGAACGCUUGGGUGUUGUUGUCAUGGCCGCAAUCGCGGUGCACAACAUUCCUGAGGGCAUUGCUAUUGCAAUGCCAGUCCUUGAGGCCACCAAUGAUCGCCGAAAGGCAAUGUUAAUGGCCACGCUCUCGGGCCUGGCGGAACCGCUGGGCGCCUUCAUCGCUGUAACUUUGCUGCCUCCCGGAGCACUUGCCGGCCCAGGGAUGGACAUCUUGCUUUGCAUCGUGGGCGGGAUUAUGACCUCUGUGGCCGCUUUAGAGCUCUUGCCAGAAGCAGUGGCCCAGCGACAAAAUUGGAGCACCUUUGCAGGCCUUGUAACAGGAGCCCUGGUCAUGCUCCUCACACACGAAUUGGCCUGAGAUUCAGAUUGACAAUUACAGCUGCCAGAAUCUGUUUAUGACUG